CUUCACUCCACUCCGACGCCGCAACUCUGAGCUGCUUCUCACUGUGGCCAGCUGGGAACCGGCAUCAUGAAGUGGAUGGUGGUGGCCUUGGUCUGCCUCCAGACCUUGGAGGCGGCAAUGAUCAAAGUCCCCGUGAAGAAAUUAAAGUCCAUCCGUGAGACCAUGAAAGAGAAGGGGAUACUGGAGGACUUCCUGAGGACCCACAAGUACGACCCCGCCCAGAAGUACCGCUUUAAUGACUUCAGCGUGACCUCCGAGCCCAUGGACUACAUGGACGCUGCCUACUUUGGUGAGAUCAGCAUCGGGACCCCACCACAGAACUUCCUGGUCCUUUUUGAUACUGGCUCCUCCAACCUGUGGGUGCCCUCUGUCUACUGCCAGAGCCAGGCCUGCACCAGCCACACCCGCUUCAACCCCAGCCUGUCCUCCACCUACUCCACCAAUGGGCAGACCUUCUCCCUGCAGUAUGGCAGUGGCAGCCUCACCGGCUUCUUCGGCUAUGACACUCUGACAGUCCAGGGCAUCAAGGUCCCCAACCAGGAGUUCGGCCUGAGUGAGAAGGAGCCGGGUACCAAUUUCCUCUAUGCGAACUUCGAUGGCAUUAUGGGCAUGGCCUACCCUGCCCUGUCCAUGGGUGGGGCCCCCACCGCCCUGCAGGGCAUGCUGCAGGAGGGUGCCCUCACCAGCCCAGUCUUCAGCUUCUACCUCAGCAGCCAGCAGGGCUUUCAGGACGGGGGAGCAGUCAUCUUCGGAGGUGUGGACAGCAGCCUGUACACGGGGCAGAUCCACUGGGCCCCCGUCACCCAGGAGUUGUACUGGCAGAUUGGCAUGGAGGAGUUCCUCAUUGGUGACCAGGCCACGGGCUGGUGCUCCCAGGGCUGCCAGGCCAUUGUGGACACUGGCACAUCUCUGCUCACCGUGCCCCAGCAGUUCAUGAGCUCCCUUCUACAGGCCACAGGGGCCAAGGAGGACCAGUAUGGACAGUUUCUCGUGGACUGUAACAACAUCCAGAGCCUGCCCACCCUCACGUUCAUCAUCAAUGGUGUGCAGUUCCCUCUGCCACCCGCUUCCUACAUCCUCAAUAACAACGACAGCUUUUGCAUGCUGGGGGUCGAGGUCACCUACCUGCCCUCCCAGAACGGCCAGCCCCUGUGGAUCCUUGGGGACGUCUUCCUCAGGUCCUACUACUCCGUCUAUGACUUGGGCAACAACAGGGUUGGCUUUGCCACCGCCGCCUAGACUCAGCGCAUGGAUGCCCAGGCUCCCUUCUCCCUCUGGGCCUCCCAGGCUACAGGGGGUUCUCUCUGCAUUUCCUCUCUGCAUGUAGCCUCCCUUCUCUGGACUCUGGACUUUCUCUAACAAUAAAUCUUUCUUCU